CUUCUCUUCAAUUUUCAUAUAUUCUUUUUGUUUUUGGGUCAGUAGUGUACUCAAAAACCAGCCACCAUCUUUAAUACUGGACCUCAAAGAAAAGGCCUUAAAUAUCUCUCAGCUUGUAUUAUUCUUCAACCAUGGAAUUGGAAACCAUUCCCAAACCGACUGUUUCAAGCUUUUAGCUUUCCCAUUGCCUCACUUGCUGCACUUUUUCUUCUUAUUCUUGUAAUUUUCCUGGAAAAUUUUCUGGCCACAUUCAGUGUACCCAAGGAAUUCAACUUGGAUUGAUAAAAUACUAGUAUAUCUGCAACAAUGGUUCUCGGUUUGAAUGCAAAAAACCGGAGAGGACCGACAGUUCGAGUUGAUUAUCUAAUCCACAUUCAGGAGAUUAAACCUUGGCCCCCUUCACAGUCACUGCGAUCACUUUGUUCCGUCUUGAUUCAAUGGGAAAACAGUGAACGUAACUCAGGGUCUACCAAAACUACUUCACCGACACUCGGUUCCAUUGUUGGUGAGGGAAAAAUUGAGUUUAACGAGUCAUUUAAGUUACCAGUGAAUCUAGUAAGGGACUUGUCUGUUAAAGGAAGGGAUGUUGAUAUGUUCCAUAAGAAUUUCUUAGAAUUUAACUUGUAUGAACCUCGAAGGGAAAAGAUCCAAUUGUUGGCAACUGCCAUUGUGGAUUUGGCGGAAUACGGUGUUAUCAAAGAGACAUUAGAGAUUACUGUUCCAAUGAAUAGUAAAAGGAGUUAUAGUAACACUACACAGCCGAUGUUGCUCAUUAAAAUUGAUCGAAUUUCCAAGGGUCAGAACAUUUCUUCAUCAAGAAGCGGCCUGUCAAAGGAACUAUUUCAGGAUAAGAAAGGUAGCGAGUCGGUUUCUUCUCUUAUGGAUGAAGAAUAUGCCGAGGAAGCUGAGAUUGCUUCAUUCACCGAUGAUGAUGUUUCCUCACACUCAUCUCUGACUGUGUCUUCAUCAAAUUUAGAAUCUAAUGGCAGUUCACUUCCUCAAAAUAAAGAGAAUGGAUUGGUCGCUGUAACUGUUGGAAAGGAAGUUAAAGGGGAACAUAUACUGGCUUCGAAGUUGAACCUGGAAAGAACAAAUGUGGCGAACUCAUCAUUAACAGACUUAUCAUCCGAUUUUGAGAGAUCAGUAGAUGUGCGUGCUUCAGCACUUAACUCUUAUGGUUCCAAUUCAUCUGUACGAGAAAACAUUGUUAACCAUAAAUUUCAAUUUACUUCAUCAUCCUUGACUAGUGAAAAGAUGCACAACGAAAUCAACUCUUCUGGUUCUAAGGCUUCAGUUGCUGAUGAUGCAUAUGGUUUUUCUUUGGAAGCAAACUCGGGAUAUGGUUGGCAAGAAAAUGGACAUGAAGGACAGUACUCAGUAGACAAAAGGUAUUUUACCAAAGAUGAACAAUUGAAUGUUCAAUCACAAGAGAAUGCUUUAAGAAUGAAGGCCAAUGAUGUCAAAUCCAUUCGACCUUCAUCAGACGUGGUUAAUGAGGAGUUGAAGGAAGUUGGUUUUGCAGUGGAUGUACACCAUAGGCCGGGAAGCUCCAGAAGCAAAUCGAGCAACAAAAGGAAAGAUUCAAAGGUAUAUCCCAAGGAUACUCGAAAUGUCAUUUUGGAUAACAAAGUGCAGCAAUUGGAAAACAAGAUAAAGAUGCUUGAAGGAGAGUUGAGAGAAGCUGCUGCCACUGAGGCUGCUUUGUACUCGGUAGUUGCCGAGCAUGGAAGCUCCAUGAGUAAGGUGCAUGCUCCAGCCCGUCGCCUUUCUAGGUUGUAUCUUCAUGCUUGUAAGGAAGGUUCCCAAUUAAGGAGAGGGAGUGCUGCUAAAAGCGCUGUUUCUGGACUUGCUUUGGUUGCGAAAGCAUGUGGAAAUGAUGUUCCAAGGUUGAUGUUCUGGUUGUCAAACUGUGUCGUUUUGAGAGCAAUUAUAAGUGAAAGUACUGUUGGACGCACAGAAAGAAAUGGAGUUGAGAAGGGGAAGAAACUGGCAUCAUCUCCAUUGAAAUGGAGAGAAUCCUCUCCUGGUAGAAAGGAAAAUAAAAGUUUUAGCGACUGGGACAACCCGCUUGCCUUUACUUCGGCCUUAGAAAGGGUUGAAACAUGGGUCUUUUCUAGAAUCAUCGAGUCUGUCUGGUGGCAGGCACUCACUCCGCAUAUGCAGUCGGAGGGUAAAAAGGAAAUUUAUGAAGGGAAGGGCUCUGGUUCAAGUAAAAGCUAUGGGAGGAUACCUAGUUCAAGUAAUCAAGACCAAGUGAACUUUUCAUUAGACCAUUGGAAGAAAGCUUUCAAGGAUGCUUGUGAAAGACUUUGCCCGGUUCGAGCUGCGGGGCAUGAAUGUGGCUGCUUAUGUUUGCUGUCUAAAUUGAUAAUGGAGCAAUGUGUGGCACGAUUAGAUGUGGCAAUGUUCAAUGCCAUUCUCCGUGAUUCUGGUGAUGAAAUCCCUACUGAUCCUGUGUCUGACCCUAUUAGUGAUACUCUGGUGCUUCCUAUUCCAGCUGGGAAAACAAGUUUUGGUGCCGGUGCACAACUGAAAAAUGCGAUCGGAAACUGGUCGAGAUGGUUGACUGACCUAUUUGGCAUAGAUGACGAUGACUUGGUUGGAGAUGAGAAUGACUGGGAUGACAAUGACAAGCAACAAAUCACAUCAUUAAAGUCCUUCAAUCUCCUUAAUGCCUUGAGUGAUCUCAUGAUGCUUCCCAAGGACAUGCUUCUAAGUAAACAUAUCAGGGAAGAGGUAUGUCCGACAUUUGCUGCAACAUUGAUUAAGAGAGUUCUCGACACUUUUGCCCCUGACGAAUUUUGCCCUGACCCGGUUCCAAAUGCUGUGCUUGAAGCCCUGGAAGCCGAGGAUCCUGUUGAAGCUAGGAAAGGUUCAAUUACAAACUUUCCAUGUGUAGCAUCUCCUCCGGUUUAUUCACCUCCUUCAGCAACAUCCGUUGCUAGCAUCAUUGGAGAAGUUGGAAGCAAAUCUCAACUGAGAAGAAGUGGGUCCUCAGUUCUCAGAAAAUCACACACAAGCGAUGAUGAGCUCGAUGAAUUGAAUUCACCCCUAUCAUCGAUCUUCAUCGAUGGCUUCUUAUCAUCCCCUUUUCAAUCAAAGCCUAACAGGAUAUCAAAGGGAAAUAGUAACCAAAGUGCUAUCAGAUAUAAACUCCUAAGAGAUGUAUGGAUGAACUCUGAAUAAACCAUCGAUUACAUGUUCAUGAGCAUAUAUGCAAGUAAAUUUUGGUUUGUAUUAUAAUACGUGGAAAUGAAAUGACAACGCAAUCCCUUGUA